AUGGAUGAACCUGAAUUUCUUUGUCAUUAUGAUGGACAUGAUGAAGAAGAGAUUAUUGGAUUCUGUAUAAAUAAAAAUUGUUAACAGAAUGUUUAAUUCUGUUUAAAAUGUAGUUGGGAUAAACAUGGAGAUCAUGAGGAGGAUUGUAAAACAUUUAAACAAAUAUAUAAAAUAUUGUAAAAUAAUAAACAAUAAUAAACUGGAUAAAAUGAUGAAGUGAACAAUAAAUUAAAAUCUAUAUAAAUUAAAUGUGAAUAAUUAAGUUAAUCUAAAAAUAUUGGAAAUGAAAAAUUUGAUGAGUUAGAAAAGAAUUUGAAAGAAAAGGAAUAUUAGAAUUGUUUAGCUAACAUAUAAUUAUUAAAGAAUAUCUAAGAUCAAAAUUAAUCCAAUUAAAGUAAAGCAAUAUUUUAUAUUUAAUAGAAUUGAUAUUAGAAUAAUUAGAUAAUAUUUUAUAAACAUUAAAUACAUUGGGAAUUCCAUAAAUAUCUAAUACAUUAAAAUAAUAAUCAUAAAACACUGAUAAUAUUUAAAAGGUUGAGAUGAAAAGUAAAUAUAUUAAAAUAUAAAAUUAGAUUAAGAAAUUUAAGUUAAUAUUGAAGAAGAGAAAAAAGAAGAAAUUUAAACAUUAAAUAAUUAAGAAGAUGAAAUAACUUAUUAAAAAUAAAAUAAUGAAUCAUAAAAGCCAAAGGAUAAAUAUACAUCUAUUUCUAUUAGUAAUUAAGAACAAAGUUAAAAAUUUGAAGACUAAAAGUAUCCUUUAUAGACACCUUAAGAUCCUAUAAGCAAUGCUUAUUAAUAAACAUUACAACAUUUUUAUACAGAAAAUACGCCAUCAAUAAUAAAUCCAUAUUAAAAAUCUAAUCCUAGUUCUAAAUAACCACCAAUAUUUUAAGUUCCUUAAAAUCCAAUCACAUAAUCAAUGGCAUAAUUUUCAGGUAUUCUUUUAUUAUUAAUUAGAAUAAAAUUUGGAGUAAAGGUAAAUAUAAAAUAAGAGUAAUGGAUCUCAAUCUGAAAUAAUUAAACAAAAAUUUGAAUAGUAACUUCAAACAGCUAUCAACAAAAACCCUGAGUAAAUUUAUAAUUUAUAAAUUAAGGUAUAAAAAUAAUCCUCAUCCAUUAAUUAAACUCACAGAUCUAGAAUGGGAAUAAUAUAAAAAUGUUAUUAUAAGUGCAUAAGAUCAAAGUAAAUAUUAUUAAAUUAUAAUAUUUAGACUAAAAUUUUGUAUUAGAUGCUGAAGUGAUUAAUUAUUAUGAUGAUGAAUAUAAAAAAGUUUUGGAAGAAUGUGAUAAAUCUCUUGAAAAAGAUCCAUUUAACAUUUAAUAAAAUAUUUUAAAAUGUACUAUUUUAUAUUCUAAUUAUAUACUAGGUAAAACAUUAAUAAAGACCAAUAGAAAUUAAGAAGCUCUUGAAUGUAGUGAAUUAAUUAUGGAUAUGGAUCCAUUGAGUUAUUAACCAUAUAUUUUAAAAGGUGUUGCUUUAAAUCAAUUAAAGAGAUAUGAAGAAGCUUUACAUAAUUAUUGUAUAUCACUUUAAAUUGAACCAAAUUUUGAAGCUUAUCUACUUUAAGGUAUAUAAUUAAAUAUAUAACAACAGGAAUAUCCUUAUUAGCUAUUAAUUAGUGGGAUGAUGCUAUUGUAUCCUUCGAAAACUCUAUUAAAAUGCGUCCAUAAAUGGAAGAUGGUUAUUAUCAUAUGGGUUGUUUAUAAAUAUAUAAUAUUUUAGGACUUGCAUUAAUGCAUAAAUAGAAGUAUGAGUAAGCAAUAAAAUACUUUGAAAUUACUCUAAGAAUUUCACCAAAACACAGUUAAGCAUAAAAAUAAAAAAGUAAGUUCUAAUCAUAUUUUUUUAGCCUUAUGCUUAAAUAAAGUAAAUCAAUAUUCAGAAGCUAUUCAUAGUUCAGAUGCAACAAAUUAAAAGGCUUAAAGUGAAGAAUAUACUUAUUAUAAUAAGGGUAAUUGAUGAAUUAUUACUGUAGGUUUGGAAUUGUUUAAUGCUGAAAAAUAUAGAGAAGCAUUAUAAUAAUUUGAAAAGGCAAUAUAAAUUAAUUAAAAUAUGCAUGAAGCUCACGCAUAUAGAGGUAAUUUAAUUUAUUAAAUAUAGGUGAAACAUUACAUAAUUUGGGAAGAUUGCUAGAAGCCAUAAAAUCAUUUGAUGAUGCAUUAACGAUUUCAGCUAAGCCAUAAUAUAUGAUAAAAAAAGGUUUCAAUAUUUUUCAAUUUUAAAGCUGAAACAUUAAAAGAAAUGAAUAAUUUUGAAGCAGCACAAUUGCUAUAAUAAAAAGCGUAAUUGAUUAUGUAGACAGAAAAAUAAAAUCCAUAGCAAAUAUGA